GAUACAUCUCUUCUUCUUCUUCUUCUUCUUCUUCUCUGCAUUUGCCACUUGCCACGGCCACACCGUUUGGAAACUUCUUUUCUACUCCUCUUGCACAGAAGAAAUACCAUUUAAGUGAGAGUCUUUGUCUAGUCGAUUGCCAUUUGCCACUACUUUUUCUUUGGCUUUUCCAGUGCACCUCUGCUAAGCAACUCUACAUUGUUCAUAACCUGGGUUUUCUUUCCUCUCCUUUCCUCUCCACUGAGUUUCAUCCAUUAUCCACCUCCCCAAUUCAUCUCUCUUGGAGUUCAAUCAAAGGUGGGUGCAGCUAUCAUCUUCCGUCAGAUGUUGGGCAUGGACUAGAAUUUGUGUUUGAUCUCUUCAAGCCUUGCUUAUUUUAUUUCUUUUCAGUUUCAUACAGAUUUGUUUUGCUUCAAUUUCAGCUUUUCUUGUUUCUUUGCGUGAUUGGAAUAAGGGGACAUUUUGACCACUCAAAUAAAGGCAUUUUCAAUUUUCUGCUUUGUUGUCAAUUGUUCAAGUUCUGGUUUUGUUCUGAGUUAAUUUUAUUCUUUUCUUCCGAGUAGCAGGUUUGUAAUAAUGUUAGCUCAUGUGGGUUGCCAUAUAUACCAUUGUUGAAAAAAAAAAUAAAAAUUCACAUCCUAAGCACCUUCAAGGUUUGGUUCACGGAAUGGAAUGAUGUGAGGAUGGAAUGGAGUGAAAAUUUUAAUAAAGAAUAGGCAAAAAUUAGUUGCAUGUUUGCUUAAUCGGAGUGGAAUGGAAUCUGGCGGAAGGGAAUUGAAUUUAUCAUUUGAUUUCUUCAUUCUAUCUAUUUAAAUUUUCAUUUCAUUCCAUUCCAUUCCCAUUCCAUCCUGCAAGCCAAACCUGAUGUAAGUGAGAUUCAAGUCUGUUCCAAUUCCUAUAGGAAACAUAUAGUUAUACCAGUGUUGGAAAAAAUAUUCGCAACACAAGCACCUUAAAGUCGACUGCAUAAACGUAGGUUACAUAUCGCUUUGUUUGUUUGCUGUAAACAUGUUUUGAGUUUGGAUAAAACUCAAACAAUACAAAUGCCCAUCGUAUGCGUGUUACAGGCGUAAAGCAAAUCACUCCAAACACUUUUUCAACAAGACAGCUUUCAUCUUUCACUUUUGCAUUAAUAUAUAUGGGAUUUACCCUCUUAACUCACCUUGUAUGUAUGUACACGAAGAAUGAACACUUUUUUGGGGUUAUCUUAUAUAGAUAAAUGCAUUGUGAACAUACACUCAAUUAAUCCAAAUGCAUGUAACCAUGGCGCCUAUUGGGUUUCCAACAUGCACAACUAGUUGUGUGACUUGUGUUGUAAUUGUUCAGAGACUCGCAUGACAGGUACUGCUGUAGUCAUUGUAUGACAUGAAAUGUAUAUUGCUCUUCUCUGAUUUCAUAUCAGAAUCUUAGUCAAUUCAUUUGGCUUCUGUAUCACGCUGGUUGUGAGACUGGAGAUUGAUGGUUGGGAUGACCAAUGCUAUGUCAUAGUUGUUUUCCUUAUACUUCUGAGCAGUUGUGUUAUAAGGUUUCCAAUAUUUCUUUGACUGUUCUAUGCUAUCUUUCUUUUCAUUUGUCAUUUCGAUGCUGAUUUUUAUAUUCAAUUUUGUAAAGGAAAUGGGUUGUAUAUUUGUUAUUCAUAUAAUUGUUUACUGCUCAGAUUGCUUUAAAGUAUUAAAUGCCUUUAUGUGAUUCUGUUUUCUGUUAGUGAAUGUGGAUUAUUCUUUUUCUUUAUUAUUAAUAAUUAUAUUAAUACUAUUAUUGGGUGAGCAUGAGUAUGGCUUAUUUCUGUUGUUCAAAUUUGAUCUUUGUAGUCCAUUUGUUUAAAUAUUUUCGCCAUAUACUGUAACACUUAGUUGGUUAGUCCACGUGUUUGGGCUGUUUGGGUUACACAUGGAUUUGGUUUUCAUUAAUUAUAGCAUAUUGCAGUUAGAAUUCUAUGAUAAUCUGAAAUGGAUGAUCAUUUUUGUUAAUAUGAGUUUCAGCUUAGUGAUGGAAAAGACCAACAAUGAUGGCUGGGAUGAGAUCUCAGUCUUUGGCGACAAGGGUGGAAUUGGGUUCAUUGAUUUUGCAGAUGAUAAAUCAAUAUCUGAGUGUGACCUGAGUGAAGAAGGUCCUGUUGUCAUUUCAUUUCCAUUCCCUUUCAUACAAGGAAUGCCCCGGUCUGUCCUUGUUGGAGAAACUUCGAAACAUUCAAUUACUUUAGAGAACACCACUAGCAAUCCAGUAGAACUUUGGUCAGUUAGGAUAUACUGUUCAAAUCCUCCCGAUUCUUUCACUUUAUCUCUGAUGGAACCACCGUCAUCAGAUUCAGAUACAGAACAAAUCCAGGCAUUUGUAGAGGGGUAUUGUCUAGAGGAUAGAGUACUUUUACCACGAAAGACUUUAACUAUCUGGUUGUCUUGCAAACCAAAGGACAUUGGAUUGCAUACAUCUGUAAUUUAUUUCGGUGUGGGGGACCAUAGGAUUGAGCGUGUGGUUUUCCUUUUGGCUGAAGAUCAGGUGUCCCAAUCUCUGGCUUCAAAGAAGCCUUUUUCAAGAGUUCCAAGAGGAAGACAGUUUGUCAUGCCCCCAACUGUGGCUUCGAAGAAUCCUUUUUCAAGAGUUCCAAGAAGAAGACAGUUUGUCACUGAUGAGUUCAACGUCACUUCUCGUCCCGGUAAGGCGACUACCCAUCAGCGAUUUAUGUACAAGCUUCCUGACUUUCCAAUUCCAAAUGAUGUUAGAGAGUUGUUGAAGGAUAAACAGAUUCCGAAGGUAAUUACAGAAGGUUUGAUGAGGCAUAAUUAUGCUGCGUACUUCACCACACUAAUUAUAAUGGAGGAGCUACAUUUGGAGGGAGAAAUGAGAUGUCAUGACAUGAAUAAUGUCAUGAUGAUGAGAAGAGGGCUUGAGGUCUUGGCUCUUGAGGUCCCAGGUCUGGCUGAGAGAAGGCCUUCUCUUCUAAUUGGCGACUUCAUUUUUGCAAAGCUUGUCUCUCAAUGUGCAGACAACUCCACGUACCAUCAGGGUUCCAUAUGUCGUGUUGAGGCUGAUGAGGUGCUUUUAAGAUUUCCCAAAAAAUUCUGCAUGUCUCAUCGAAAUGGAAAUCUCUACAGUGUUCGAUUCACUUACGACCGAUUGAACAUGAGGAGGUUGUAUCAGGCUGUCCAAGUGGCAGAGACUUUAGAUAAAGGCUUUCUCUUUCCAUCUCAAUUGAGCAACAGAAGAUCGAUUAAAGCAUCUUCAGUUGUACCGUAUACUAGUGUCAAUAAGGAGCAGCUGACUUGUGUUGAAAUGAUCCUUGGUUGCAAUGGUGCUCCUCCCUAUGUGAUCCAUGGUGCUCCAGGUACAGGCAAGACACUGACCUUGGUGGAAGCGAUCUUACAAUUAUAUACAACAAGAAAGAGCUCUCGAAUUCUUGUGUGUGCCGCUUCAAAUAGUGCAGCAGAUCAUAUACUAGAGAAGCUAAUUAACAAUGAAUUUGUUGGAGUGAAAGAGCAGGAGAUAUUUAGGCUAAAUGCUCGCAGUCGCCCUUAUGACGAUGUUCAACCAAAUCAUAUUCGCUUUUGUUUUUGUCAAGAAUUAGUUUUCAAGUGUCCUCCAUUCAAGGCCUUGAUGCGUUACAAAAUCAUCAUUUCUACCUAUAUGAGUGCAUCAUUUCUAUAUGCUGAAGGUAUCCAACGUGGCCAUUUUUCCCAUAUCUUCUUGGAUGAAGCUGGCCAAGCUUCAGAGCCAGAAGCAAUGAUCCCUAUAUCUGGCCUUGCUCAAAGGUCAACAGUAGUUGUAUUGGCUGGAGACCACAUGCAACUUGGUCCUACUAUCUACUCCAAAGAUGCAGAAGCUUUUGGUUUGGGAAAAUCUUAUCAGCAAAGGCUUUUUGAAUGCAAAUUUUACUGCAGUGGGGAUGAAAAUUAUGUGACUAAACUUGUGAGGAAUUACCGCAGUAGCCCGGCGAUUCUGGAUCUCCCUUCAAAGCUUUUCUAUGGGGGGCAAUUGAUUGCAUGUAAGGAAGAUACAUCCUCUUCAUCAAUGAACUCCUGGGAAAGCAUCCUUCCUAACAAAGAAUUUCCUCUUCUUUUUAUUGGCAUUCAAGGUUGUGAUGAGAGAGAAGGAACUAAUCCGUCAUGGUUUAAUCGAAUUGAGGCAAGCAAGGUUGUUGAGAUCAUUAAGAAACUGAGAGAGAGUACGGAAGUGAGUGAGGCAGAUAUUGGGGUAAUAACGCCUUAUCGCCAGCAAGUGCUCAAAAUAACCAGGGCACUUGAAAGUUUGGACAUGCCCAAUGUUAAGGUUGGUAGUGUUGAGCAAUUUCAGGGACAAGAGAGAGAAGUUAUAAUUGUGUCUACUGUCAGAUCAACAAAUAAACACAAUGAAUUUGACAGAAUUUACUGUCUUGGAUUUCUUAGCAAUCCAAAGAGAUUUAAUGUUGCAAUUACCCGGGCCAAGUCUUUACUCAUUAUUGUUGGAAAUCCACAUGUAGUCAGCAAGGACCCUUACUGGGACAAGCUUUUAAGGCUUUGCUCUGCCAAUAAUUCUUACCAGGGCUGUCCUCUCCCAGAAAGGCAAAUCAAUGCUGAUGAAGGGUGACUCUUGGGGGGAGAACCAGCUGAGUGAUUGGUUAUUUCAAGCUGAAGAAAUUCCAGGGUGGGAUUAUGCCAAUGUACAUCUAAUAGGUAUUGGUGAUUUUACCUGCUAUUACGCUCGAUACGUAUAAUGGAUUCGUAUGUAAUGUUAAUUAUAUCCUUGUAUAAUAUAGGAUGCAUUAAACGAAGCUUGUAAUUGAAUGGGAAAUCCAAAUUUCCAAUCA